GUUACGAGUAGAGCACAAUACACGUCAGGUUCUUAUUUUGAUUCGUGGAGGGGGCUCACCUCGAGGAAACGGGUGGCCAAUUCGAAAGGAUUUGCCAGGAAAGUGCAGGAUACAGAUCUCCAAACACAGAUUAAACAUGAUACGCGCUGAAAAUGGAGAUGUUGUAUAUUUGGAACAGUUAAAAAACCCGAUAGAGAGUGACGCGACAGAGAAGGCAGUGUCAAAAAAGUGCGAGGGGCAGCUGUCUUCAGUAAAGGCAAACAGCUGUUCGUCCUACAAAGGUGCAAAUCGUACGACAGAAAUGGCGCAAGAGGACAAUAAUCUGUGCUGGAAUAAUCUGCCCAGCAUUAUCCUACAGGAAAUAUACUCAUAUUUAUCUCACAACUGCCGGUUACGAGUAUCUCAGGUCUGCAAAAAUUGGAGAUAUGCUCUGUUUCAUCCUCAUUUUUGGAAAAAGAUCACAUUUGUUUUGAAAGAUGAAGAAAGUGCAUCAUGGUCUCGAUAUUUGGCAGACAAUUUUGAACUUAGUGUGCAAGAAGUUACAAUCAUCUGUGAUAUAUCAAAUUAUUGUGCAAAAGAAACAUUAGCCCUCUUGAGAAAACUAAAACAUAAUAGACAACUUCGUAAAUUGUUUUUGAAACCUAGCAAUAGUACCUUUGAAUGUGAAGAUAGUACAAAAUGCACUAAAGAAUUGGUAUCUUCUCUUAUAAACAUUAUAAAAAGAUCUGAUCAUUUAGAAGCUUUGAGUUUGGGAUGCAUAGAAGAUUUAACAGGAAAUGCCAGACUAAUUCUGGUACAUUUACGUAACUGCCAAGCAAAGCACUUAACAACUCUUAGUUUGGCAUCUGUUAAAGAUGAUCCUGAUGAUUACAAUGCUUUGAAUUCUGGUUAUGGACAUAUGUUCAAUUCAUUCGCUAGAUUAUCUAUUUUAACAUUGGAUUAUGAGUUCCUAAGUGAUUCUUUACUAAAAGCAUUGAAUAGCGGUACAAUGGAAAGACUUGUAAUUCACGUGCAUGGUUGGCAUUAUCAGUAUACGGGACCAACUGAUAGUAGUUGGCAAGUUUUUGUUCAAAAAAAUCCAAAAUGCGAGUUGCGAUUAAAUCUUAUACACUCUUAUGUUGGAAUUGAGAAAUUAGAUACAAAUAUACUUCGUCCUUCCAUGCCUCUUACACAUUUGAAAGUAUUAUUUUGUGAAACUGUUAAUAUCAGAGCAUUGCAUCGGCUAUCCAGAUGGUAUUCACGUACUUUAAAAUCUUUAAUAUUAAUUGAUUCAGUGCAACCUACAACAAGAAAUAUGCCAGCAACAUAUGAUCCAAGUUAUCCUCAUAGCCCUGAUCCAUUAGUAUUAGUUGCAUGGAAAUGUACUAAGCUUGUGGAAAUUGUAUUAUUAGGCCACAAAUAUCAUCAGGAAAACUUAUUAGCUAUUGCACGUCUUCGGGGACAUUCGCUUAAGUCAUUAGUAUUUGCACAAAGAUUUAUUACAUCUGGCAUUGAAUCUUGGUAUAAGGCUGAAACUAUCACACAUGAAAUAAAAGAAAUAAUGGGAAGCCAAUGGGAACCAUUGAGUGAUGCAGAUUUACCUACAGUUGUUAAAAAUCCUCUUGAUGGUGAUAGCAGGGAAGUUAUCAUGCCAUUGGUCCUUCGUGACCAAAAGUAAAUUCUAAUUUAUACCAAGAAAAGAUUACUCCCCGAUAUCGUACGCUACCGAUCAACAUCAUCAACAAUUUCUGGGCGAGCUACAUUCUCAGAAGUAAAGUUAUAAAGUUAUAUCCUUUAUUUUUCUAUAAGAAUUGUUUUUACGAGAACUACGGAUGUAACAUCAAAUGGUGGACAUGUAUAAAUUCGUAGUUUAAAGUCAGUAAUUGAUGGAUGCAAUAUUACCUGUCAGGUAAGGAUCACACAGUUCCAAUAUAUAAAUAGCCAGGGUAAAAACGCACAUAAGUUCUCCUUUACAAUGAUUUUAUUAAUUCUCAUGAGAACGCGACAAGCCAUAGUUAAGAACGUCUUUCUUGAUUCCGUAAUGCGAAUUAUCUAAAUUAAGUAUGAAUCAUGCCUAUUUUUAUUUACCGAAAUAGAUUGAAACAGUUUUCGUUGGUUUUUCCAUGGAAAACUCCUCGUGAGGCAGUUAGUUUAUGGUUAAUAGUGGUGGUUUCAUAACGAUCAAAAUAAGAAAAAUGUAAUAUUUAAUGAUCGUUCCUCUCAUCAAUGAAUAUAUUAAUGGAAAAAAAUAUUAUAUACGAGUAUAAUAAUAUUCUUGAUAGAUAUUAAGAAUAAAACAUUACAAGACGAUACGAAGAAGAAGGCCUCAUCAAAAUGGACCUUCGAUGUGUCAUAUACUUGUUGAUAUCAUGGAAAAACAAUUAAAAAAAUAUGUUACUAUCAAUGAGAGCUGAUCAUCGUAUCAAACAAGAAAUGAAAGAGAGGCUAAACAAGAAAAUGGAUUGAUCUCACGAUGUUCCACAGGAAAGCAUAACGAAAUUCCAAAUAUAUGUAAGUAGAAACAUGUUAACAAAUAUUUUUCCAAUUUUAUGGGAAAUAUAUAUCAAAGCGAGCGCCAAGAACAUGCAGUGUAAGAAAGAAUAAGUAAAUGAAAAAAUAAAUAUUAACUUCGUGGAAGAUUGUUUGCAAUCGAGUUGCACAGAUAAUACAAAGAUGCACUCACAAAUAAGAUGAAUAGCGAUCCGAGGUUAUUUUUAGUACCAAAACCAAUCGGACGCUUUUGUACAAAUAUUAAAUGAAUAUAUGUCGAAAAGAGUACGGUUAAUCUAGUGGUACAUUUGAUGGUAUCAGUUAAAUACACAUCAAACAUAUACAUCAAGCAUUCAUAUAUCGUGUAGUAAAAAAAGGGAGAUAUUGAUGAUAUUAAUAAAAAGAACUGUGUGAUCUUCAAGUACCAUUUUUUCACCGUACUCUUAGCGACCGUUAAAAACGAACACAAUUAUAGUUUAUCUAUAAAAACAAAUCAGAGGAAUUAGCUGCUAAUCGUGUAUGUGUAUAUGUAUGUAUAUCUGUAUUAUCUAUCGAAUUUUAAACGUUAAUAUUCGGAUGCCGCAUGCAUCUAUUUCUAUCGUGCGAUUAAUAAUAACGAUUUCGAAAGUGAAAAGUACGAAAAUUAAAGAAAAUCCAUAACACAAAGAAAAAUACCAAAACAGCACUCGUAUACAGUUUAUUAUUCUGAGAGGUUAUUUACUUUUUUCGAGUCCUUGUAUAAUUAUUACAUCGUCGUCUAUUGUACUUGUAGUCAUGUGUACCAUUGUUUUUUAUAUAUGAUUCUGUACAUAUGCGUUUAAAAUAUUAGACACGCGCAAAUAGCUAUUACGGAGUUGCGCCCGAAUUUAAAACAAAAAAAAGAAAAGAAACGAAAAAAAGAUGAAUGAUAUGAAGAGAAAAACAAUAUAUAACUGUUUAUCUGAGAAAAUAACAAAAGUAAAUCGAUUGAGAGCUAGGCACAAAUAUGAGAAAAUUAUUUCUUUAAACGAUUUAAAACUGUUAUACAAAAUGAAUGGGCCUUAACCCUUUAACAUGAAAACGGCCGGAGCUGGGUCAAUUCUAUUUUCAUGAAAAUUACUUUCUUUUAUUAUAUAUAUUAAAUAUAUAAAACAAUUUUAACAGUUAUUAUAUUCAUUUCUACUUAUCAUUA